GUGCAGCCCCAGCAAAUGUCCAACAGCAGCUCCAUCAGGCACUUCCUCCUGCUGGCAUUGGCAGACACGCGGCAGCUGCAGCUCCUGCACUUCUGCCUCUUGCUGGGCAUCUCCCUGGCUGCCCUCCUGGGCAACGGCCUCAUCAUCAGCGCCGUAGCCUGCAGCCACCACCUGCACACGCCCAUGUUCUUCUUCCUGCUCAACCUGGCCCUCAGCGACCUGGGCUUCAUCUGCACCACUGUCCCCAAAGCCAUGCACAAUUCCCUCUGGGACACCAGAACCAUCUCCUACACUGGAUGUGCUGCUCAGCUCUUUUUCUUUCUGUUCUUCAUUGGAGCAGAGUUUUAUCUGCUGACCAUCAUGUGCUAUGACCGCUACGUGUCCAUCUGCAAACCCCUGCACUACGGGACCCUCCUGAGCAGCAGAGCUUGUGCCCACAUGGCAGCAGCUGCCUGGGCCAGUGCCUUUCUCAAUGCUCUGGUGCACACAGCCAAUACAUUUUCCCUUCCCCUAUGCCAUGGCAAUGCCCUGGGCCAGUUCUUCUGUGAAAUCCCACAGAUCCUCAAGCUCUCUUGCUCACAGUCCAACCUCAGGGAACUCGGGCUAAUUGCUGUUAGUGUGUGUUUGGUAUUUGGCUGUUUUGUGUUCAUAGUUUUCUCCUAUGUGCAGAUCUUCAGAGCUGUACUGAGGAUCCGCUCUGAGCAGGGACGGCACAAAGCCUUUUCCACCUGCCUCCCUCACCUGGGUGUGCUAUCCGUGUUUAUCAGCACAGCCACAUUUGCCUAUUUGAAGCCUCUCAACAUUUCCUCCCCAUCCCUGGAUCUGGCCCUGUCAGUUCUGUACUCAGUGGUGCCUCCAGCCCUGAACCCCCUCAUCUACAGCCUGAGGAACCAGGAGCUCAAGGCUGCAGUGUGGAGACUGAUGACUGGAUGGUUUCAGAAAUAUUAAACUGCUGGGCAAUAUCUGCAAAUAACUUGUAAUCAACGUCAUCUUUGCUACUUCUUUUUGGCUUAACU